UCUCUGUUGCUUUGUUAACUCUUGUAAAGUUUGAUUAUAUAUUUCUUGCAAACUAAUUUUGUAAUUAAUGGUUAGUCGGCAAGGAUAGCAAGAUAGAGGAGUGAAGUGUACAAUAGUAUUAAAAAAAUUUGUUGAAUUGAAGGAGUUUCUUUUUUGGAGGAAGCCUCAAUCAUGGGAUCAAUUCCACAACUUUCGAUUCUAAAAGGUCCGACAAGGAAUAUCCACCCCAACACUCUUGACAAUAUUUUCGACAGUAUCGCCAAAUCGCGACAUGAAAACGAAACGGCUUUAAUUUUUGAAGUAAAUGGCCAAAUCAGAAGACAUACAUACUCAGAAGUAAAUCGAAUCACAAAUAAGCUAUCAAGAACCAUUGUGGAUAUAAUUUCCACAAAUAAUCUACCUAGAAACAAAGAUGGCGACUACAUUAUUGCUGUCAAUAUGCAACCCAGCGAUCAUCUUGUCAUGCUUCUAUUGGCCAUCUGGAAGUCCGGAGCUGCUUAUAUGCCUUUGGAUCCGUCAUUUCCAGGACCCAGGGUAGAACAUAUUGUUAGAGAAGCCAAUCCUGCAUUGAUUGUGUAUGAAAAAGACUCACAAUAUUACUUGGACACAAUGAAAUUGUCUUUUGAAGAACUGGCAACUGAUAGCAGCCAUCAACUUGAAGAUACUUUGACGCCAAACGAAAAAGUUCGACACAUUAAAGACGAUCUUGCCAUAGUUUUGUACACUUCUGGUAGUACUGGAGUACCUAAAGGUGUACGUCUACCGCACAAGGUCAUUUUAAACAGACUACAAUGGCAGUUCAGGAGAUUUCCUUAUAGCAACACUGAAAACAUAUGCGUGUUCAAAACUGCGUUAACAUUUGUUGACAGCAUUGCCGAAAUUUGGGGACCGUUGGUGAAUGGAAAAGCAAUAUUGGUCGUACCUAAAAUUGUAACUAAAGACCCAGAAAUGUUUAUCAGCCUUUUAGAAAAUUACAAGAUCGAACGUCUUAUAUUGGUCCCAUCGUUGCUGAGGACGAUGCUAAUGUUUUUGGAAAUGAAAAAAAAUAAAUCCCUCUUACGACAUCUGAAAACCUGGGUGUGUUCCGGUGAGACUUUGGUCGUGUCCUUAGUAAAGGAAUUCUAUCACUAUUUCCCUGAAAACGAGUAUCAACUCUGUAAUUUUUAUGGAAGUACGGAAAUCAUGGGAGAUGUGACAUAUCACGUCAUUACAGAAGUUGAUCAAUUCCAGCACAGGGAUAAGGUUCCAAUUGGUAUCCCGCUCGACAACACCAUCCUUUACUUGCUGGACAAAGAUUUCCGGCCGGUAAAAGCCGGUGACAUCGGCGAGCUGUUCGUUUCCGGUUCGAAUCUUGCUGCCGGCUACGUCAACGGACGCGAUCCGGAAAAGUUCCUCGACAAUCCAUUAGCAAUCGAUCCCACUUACGGGAAACUGUAUCGCACCGGGGACUAUGCCCGCUUAGAGAAGGGAUUGCUGUAUUACGAAGGUCGCACGGAUUCUCAGGUUAAAAUCAGAGGGCACAGGGUGGAUACGGCCGAAGUUGAAAAAGCCGUCAACGCGUUGGAAGGGGUAGAAAAGGGUGUCGUUUUAUGUUACAAACCAGGAGAAAUGAAUCAAGCACUCAUCGCUUUUGUAACGACAGAUAAUCCUUUGAAUGAGCAACAAAUUGAAGACGAAUUAAAAGAAAAACUUGCUUCGUACAUGAUACCUCAAGUUAUAUUGGUUGAAAAAAUUCCUCUGCUAAUAAACGGCAAAAUUGAUAGACAGUAUUUAUUGAAGUCUUAUGAAAAGAAUCAAGAUAGGAUAGGUGAUUUUCUUUCUGCAAUGGAUUUUGGAGAAAUUUUACUCCGAAUGACUUCUAGUAGCUCAAUCAAUAUACAAGCACCCAGUUUUUCUCGAGAAUUUUUAACACCAAACUACAAAAACAUCGUUAAUGAGACCAGAGGAGACGUUGAAGAAGUCUCUGGAGACUCAAGAAGAAGAAGAAGAAGAAGAAGAAGAAGAAGAAGAAGAAGAAGAAGAAGAAAGAAGAAGAAGAAGAAGAAGAAGAAGAAGAAGAAGAAGAAGAAGAAGAAGAAGAAGAAGAAGAAGAAGAAGAAGAAGAGAAGAAGAAGAAGAAGAAGAAGAAGAAGAAGAAGAGAAGAAGAAGAAGAAGAAGAAGAAGAAGAAGAAGAAGAAGAAGAAGAAGAAGAAGAAGAAGAAGAAGAAGAAGAAGAAGAAGAAGAAGAAAGAAGAAGAAGAAGAAGAAGAAGAAGAAGAAGAAGAAGAAGAAGAAGAAGAAGAAGAAGAGAAGAAGAAGAAGAAGAAGAAGAAGAAGAAGAAGAAGAGAAGAAGAAGAAGAAGAAGAAGAAGAAGAAGAAGAAGAAGAAGAAGAAGAAGAAGAAGAAGAAGAAAGAAGAAGAAGAAGAAGAAGAAGAAGAAGAAGAGAAGAAGAAGAAGAAGAAGAAAGAAGAAGAAGAAGAAGAAGAAGAAGAGGGCAUCAAGAAAAUGGUAACAACCAGUUUCUACCAGAAGGCCGAUUUGGAGCAAUGGAUCAAAUCCGAUAUAUCACCUGCCGACUAUGCCGAAUUGAUCGACAAACUGUGGGAACCGCUUUUGGAACAAAACUUGAGCUUCAUCAUAAAAAACGAGCACGGCAAAAUCGUCGGCGUGGCCUUGAACUUCGAUGCUAGGGACGAACCGGAAGUAGAAAUAACAUCAAAAUUGACUGUGAUAUUCGAGUUUUUGGAAACACUUGAGGGUCCAAUAAGAGACCAACAACUUCCACCUGGAAAAGGAGCCAUUCUUCAUUCAUUUAUGAUGGCAACGCAUGCAUCUUUAACGCCAAAGGAAAAUGUAGCUGUGAUGCAAUUCAUUGAAGCCGAACAACUGAGUGCGAUCUACAACUACCAAACCAUGUUGGACUACCAAGUGAACCAAUUCGUCGCAAGCGAUAACACCAAACCUUUUGGACUAGCACCAGAUGACCAAAGAGCAGUGGUUAAUUGGAAACCUGUAGACUAAGCUGUGAUUCGUUUUAAAAUUAAGUUAUUUUGAAAUUAUUAUAAAUUUAAAUUUUAUUGUAAGGUGGCAAUUAUUUAAUUUGCCAUUAGGUAUCGUGUGUCAUAGGUUAUUUAAAUAUUCGAAUAGGAUUUUGCCUGAUUGUACAUGUACCAUUAAUUAUAUAUAGAUAUUUAGGAAAAAUAAAUAAUACUAUAAGUUUUAUUUUAAUAGUAGGUAAUCUAGUAGAUAUUAUCUUAAAAAAUAAAAAUUAUAACUUAUAUAAACAAAUUUAUAAGCAGUACAAUGUCGACCUAUAUUAUUUUUGUUGUUGUUAUUAUUAUUUAAUGCUUAGUUAGUAAUGACACUGUUUAAAUAUAAAGUUGGCAACAAUGAACAUCAUUAUGUCAGCACUCGCCUGUCAAUCACUUGUCCUUUUGCUUCGACAUUACAACUUAAACACAAUAAUAUAUUUGUUUUAAUAAAUCUGCCGAUAUCCUUAAUUUUAAUUCAUUAUUUAUUUUCAGAAUCUAUUAAAAAAUAAUAUAUUAACAUCAAACUUAUUGACAGUAAUCCCCAGCAUUUAAAAACUGUUCGUUAUAAACAUACACCAACUAGAUAGAACAGAUGACCAAAGAGCGUGG